AUGGCGACCUUUUCACCCAUAUUGAGGCAGCUGGGCUGCUCGAGGACUUUUACGAAGGCAGAUGGAUUGCUGCGACCCCAGUUCAGCCGUUCCAUUAGCACCGCAUAUUCCCCGAAGCCAGAGCCUGCACCUCUCCCUUCCAAACUCCCCAAGUCAUUUCUUUCACAAAUACCUGCUCGGUUGCAACCCAAUGCUGGACGCAAGAAGCUCAAGAUCUACCCACCACCCCCGUCACCUCGAGCAAAAUGCAAAGACCCUAUCGCAGCAUUGACAGAGUCUCAACUAGCCGCUCUUGACCCCACAGGCGAGCGUAGGGCUCUGUUUGACUACCGCCGAAACCCCCGAAGCGUGAAAGUGGGCGACAUUCUGCGUGUGACAUUUAAGAACGGAGACCCAUUCUCGGGUGUGUGUCUUAGCAUCCGUUUGCGGGGCAUUGAUACUUCUUUCCUUCUCCGAAAUGAGCUCACGAGGGUUGGUGUGGAGAUGGCCGUGAAGGUCUUCAGUCCAAAUGUCGAGAGUGUGGAAAUUGUACAGAGGACGGAGAAGAGGAAGAGAAGAGCAAGACUGUACUACAUGAGAAUGUUCCUCCUGUGCAGUGAAGCUAAAAUUUUGCUCUCUCGAAUUCACAGGAAGCCCAAGCACGAUAUGGGAAGCGUCGAGAACAUUGUGUCGAACUACCUGCGGCAGAAGUCGGUCCUUACUGGUCAGCGUUCAGCCGGUGCACGGAGACAGAAACGGUGA